AUGGCGGAAGCCCAUGCUGCGGUUGCUUUAACUUUUACUGUCAGCUCUGAAGGAAUAGCCUUCGAUAUCAACAAACACGCGAUCGAGGCAGUAAUCAAGUCCGGCUUAGUAGCCGGAAGGAAGCGCCUAAUACGGUUUAAGAACUCAAUUUACAACCAAGUCUACCCAUUUCAUCCUUCGAGUUGGUUUUACUUCGCCUUCACUGUAUUCGCCGGCAUAUAUCUGCAUCCGGAUUACAGGCAGUCGCCCUGUGGCAUCCCCAUACUGUACUUGGAAGAUAUUUUACAGAGUUAUAUGGGCAUCACGCGCCAUUACCACGUCCCCGCAUGUUUGCUGUUCUCCCUAUUUCUUUGGUUCUCCGGUUCGCUGUUGAAUAAAGCUGUGCUACGUAUCUUGUUCAGUUACACAGGGUGGAUGUACGCAUCCCGGAAACGGACAAACUGGUAUGACAUGUUGUGGAUGUACCUAGUAAUUCUCUUCAAGUCCAAACACCCACGACUUUAUGGCUACCAGUACUCUCUGCCGAAUCUCCCUUUGCCGAGUCUCCGGGAUACAACUGAUCGAUACUUACUUUCGGUGCGGCACUUGCUGCCAGCCGAGGAGUAUGAGGAGCGAGUACGACAGGCGGAACAGUUUCGAAAGGGACCAGGUCGAAAACUUCAGUUUUUCCUAUGGAUGAAAACUUGGUUCACCAGCAAUUAUGUUACUGACUGGUGGGAGGAUUACGUGUAUCUGGCCAGCCGUGAGCCGAUAAUGGCCAACAGCAACUUUUACGGUGUGCAGUGGAAGUUCACUCGUGCGGUCCGACCCACCCAAUCCGCUCGUGCCGCCCUGCUAACCUACUUGUUUCUGAAGGUGCGCGAGAAGAUUACCAGGGAAGAAUUGGAGCCACUUCUGGUGAACAAACUUGUACCACUGUGUUCUUGGCAGUACGAGCGCCCGUUCAACACAACACGUAUACCCUGUGUGGAAAAAGAUAAACUAAUCCACCUAUCCGAUUCCAAUCACAUUGCUGUCUACCAUCGUGGUCGGUACUAUCGUUGUCCUGUGCUCGUUGAUGGGCAUCAUCUCUCUGCAGCGGAGUUUGAGUACAUGUUCAAUCGUAUCCUGUAUUCGGACGAUUCGCCUCCUGCCAUCGGUGAAGAAAAGCUUGCCGCUUUUACCGCCGGUCCGCGAGAUGCUUGGGCGAUUGCUCGAUCGACUUUCUUUUCCAGUGGGAUAAACCGCACAUCACUUGACGCGAUCGAACGAGCCGCCUUCUUUCUAGCUCUGGAUGAUGAGGAACGUGAUCUGGACUCGGACGUCAAUGAGGAUCUUUCUUAUCUUAGCAAAACGUUCCUCACGGGCAACUGUUACAACCGCUGGUUUGACAAAUCAUUCACCUUGAUUGUGCUACCCAAUAGUUCGUAUUCCUGGAUUUCCGAGGUGAAUUCGACUCCGUUGAUCGGUCUGUUCUUCUUGCCACGCUUGCCCACUAAGGAACGCCCCGUAAACUUCCGGACGUGUGAGAGUGUACGCGUUCUCAUGUUCGAAGAGGCGGAGAAGGCGCAAGUAUUCUUGGACGAACUGACCAAAGUCAUCCCGUCCUCUGGUAUGCACUUUGCACCCACAAAGUGUAAGGUCAUGCUCGUGGACGUGCAGUCACCGAACACGCCACUUACAAUCCAGGGAGAGGCGCUGGAAUUUGUGGAGCGCUUUACUUAUCUUGGAAGUUGUAUUAGUUCUGACUGUAGUGUGACAGGUGAGGUGAAUGCACGAAUCUGCAAGGCUCGGGCCGCGUUUGCUAACUUGAGACACCUAUGGCGUCUGAAUGGUUUAUCCCUGAAUCUGAAGGGACGUGUCUACCAAGCUUCAGUAUGGGCUGUUUUGUUGUAUGGCUGUGAGACUUGGCCUAUUCGAGCAGCGGAUCUGAGACGUCUUCAGGUGUUCGACAAUCGUUGUCUCAGAACCAUAGCUCGUUGCGAGCGUCAUUCACUUCCAAUCGUCUCCCACUUCACUUUCUUCGUCUUUAGGGGUGACGCUCCAAUCCUGACCUAUUUGAUCGAGUUCAUCUGCGCCGAAGAGAAUGCUGGGGUCGAGCAGAACACACCAGGUCUCCAUUAUACAGCCUCUGGCUCUUGCGAUGGGCCUGUUUCUAAACAAAUUUGGCCGACAAGGCUUCGUUGGGAUAUCCCACCCGAAUGUGUACAAGCCAUCGAAGCCUCAUACAAUAUUGCGCGCAGUCUGGCUGAUUCAAUAGAUCUGUACGUGAUGCGAUUUCGCGAUUUCGGAAGUGGCUUCAUGAAGAAGGCUGGUUACUCUCCAGACGCAUUCAUGCAAAUCUCCCUACAACUCGCGUAUUUCAUGGACACUGGAGAUUUCGCACUCGUUUACGAGUCAUCCAUGACCCGAAUAUUUCGCGAGGGACGGACAGAAACGGUCCGCUCGUGCUCGGCGGAAGUUGUAAAAUUUAUCCGGGCCAUGUCGGACAACUCCACUACAGCCGAACACUGCAUCGAACUACUUCGUGACGCUACUAAUCGUCACGUGAGAUUGGUACGGGAUGCCAUGUCUGGCAAGGGAGUUGAUCGCCAUCUGUUUGCCCUAUAUGUUGUUUCCAAGUUUCUUCAUAUGGACGAUCAAUUUUUGAAGAAGGUGCACAGCGAUCCCUGGCGGUUGUCCACUAGUCAAACGCCAAUCAACCAGACGGGCAGAUUGUCAUUUCCCGCCGACCAUCCGGACGUCGAUCGCGGUUGUGGUGGAGGGUUUGGACCGGUGGAUAAGAAUGGCUAUGGGGUUUCGUACAUUUUUGCCUCGGAUAACUGCAUAUGUCUACACAUUUCUUCGAGCUUCGGGUGUCCGAACACUUCCUCUGAGCGAUUUGCAAGAACCAUCGCUCUUGCAUUAAACCGUAUUCGUGCUUUGGUAUCAGCUCCACGACUAUCAAGUGGAGUAUCCGACAUUUACUGAACAGAUUAUCUCGUUUUAUCGAAUAACCGCCGUCCUUUGUUCCCCCUUCCUCCUUGAGUUCCUGUGGUCCACUCUGGGUCUCGGAAACACCAACUGUAACCUCAUUUAUGGCUCUUCCAUACUACCAGUAUUUCUUUAAACAUUUGAUUUUAGUUAUGACAUUUUUUUAUUUGACUCAAAUGUAACGGCUU